AUGUGCCUGGGCAGGCAGGGCGGGCAAAGCGGCGGGCACCCCACGGCCCCACACCCGGAGCCGCGGAAGGGUCCUCCCGGCGCCACGGCUACUCCCCCGGCCCGGCGGGCCGGCCGAGGGCAGGAGGAGAGUGACGCCUCUGCCACGUGCUCCUCUCCCUCCGUCGGGCCGUCGUCCGGGGGCCGUCUUGAGUUCGCUCCCGCGCCCCGGCCCGCCCCGUCGCUUCUUCCUGUACUGGGGCCGGCUGAGUGGCCGCCCUCUCCACUUCUCCUCCCCGUGCCUUCGUGCCUUGCCUCCGUGUCCGUCCCUGACGCAGCGGGCGGGCCGCCGUUAGCAGGCGCGCUCCUUGGGGGCACGGGCCGCCUCGCCGUCGCGGGGGGGCGUUGCAGGCGGCAGUCCUGGGCGCGGGGUGAGGCGCGCGGCGGCGCUGACACGAAGGGAGGUCGAGAGUUCGUGUCCACCACACCUGGGUGA